AUGUCCUCCAAUUCAAACGCAGUAGCGAAUGGGUUAGCAGGAGCAGGAGGCGGUAUUGUUGCUCAAAUCAUCACUUAUCCCCUCCAAACGGUGAAUACGCGCCAGCAAACCGAGAGAAUAGACAAGAAGAAGAAGCAACCUCAUUCCCCUUCCAAACGCUCAAGCUCUGGCACUCUUCUUCAAAUUUUCCAGGUUGUUAGAAGCGAAGGCUGGGGUGGACUGUACAGCGGCCUCAGGCCUUCUCUGCUUGGAACUGCUGCUUCUCAGGGCAUUUACUACUACUUUUAUCAAGUCUUCAAAAACAAGGCUGAGGCCAUUGCAGCUGAACGAAAAGCCAAGGGACUGGGAGAUGGUACUGUUGGCAUGUUUUCUUGGCUUGUUGUUGCCGCUGUUGCUGGGUCCUUGAAUGUAUUGCUGACAAUCCCGAUAUGGGUUCUCGUAACACGUAUGCAGACACAAACUCAAGCAGAAAGAAAAAUUAUUGAGGGAAAGAAACAAGCUUUAUUGAGGGAAGCUUCUGAAAGCAGCUCAAUAGAUUCAACUUUGCAAGAGAAAUUGGCUGAACUUGAUUCAAUAAAACCUCGUCCAUAUGGAACUUUACAAGCGGCACGUGAAGUUUUUACUGAAGCAGGAAUCACUGGAUUUUGGAAAGGCAUCAUCCCAACCCUCAUUAUGGUGUGCAAUCCAUCAAUCCAGUUCAUGAUUUAUGAGAGUUUGCUAAAGAAUCUAAGGGCAAAACGUUCUGCUGACAAGCAAGGGUUCAAAAAUGUGACUGCUCUGGAGGUCUUUUUACUGGGAGCUUUGGCAAAACUGGGAGCAACUGUCUCAACCUAUCCCCUGUUGGUUGUAAAGUCAAGGCUUCAAGCAAAACAGGAGAUUGGUGGAACUAACAUGUUAAGAUACACAGGUACUGUUGAUGCAAUAGUCAAAAUGAUCCGUUAUGAAGGAUUGACAGGUUUUUACAAGGGAAUGAGCACAAAGAUAGUACAGAGUGUGUUUGCAGCUUCUGUACUUUUCAUGAUCAAAGAGGAACUUAUCAAGGCUUACAUGGUGCUAGCUGAUAAGAGCAAGAAACUUCUGAUAAAAUUGAAUAAUUGA